AAUCAGCUGUAAAGCACUUGAAAAGCGCUAAUCGUUUGGAUGCGAGUCUCAGACAUAGAAAUGAAUUACACUUUUGAGUGAAUGUUAAACACAAUCGCUAUUCAAACCAAACACCAAAACACACGACAAAACAAUACAAAGCAUUUGAUUUCAUCGGACUUUUUGAAUGGUUUGAGAGACAAAACACAACACUUACGGUCGGAUCGGAUGAGUCCGGGAGUGGAAGUGAUCAGCAAAUGAUAUUAUGGACAACUCGGUGGACACGUCUCCGCCCCCGACGGCGAUGACGGCUCCCCCGCAGCCGCCACUCAAUGCACUCAAUCAUAACCACAACAUUCAUAACAAGACCAACGACUCGUCGCAGUCGCUGACCAACCACUGCAAGAACACUGUUCUCCAUCCGUUCGACCAUCAGGUGGGCGGACACACGCAGCUCAUGCUUUUGGACAAAAGCACUUUAUGUAAGCCAUUAGUUCAAAGGGAACUAUCAUUUUAUCUCAACAUUCCUCACGAGUUGAAAGGAUUUGUACCCAAAUAUAAAGGUGUGGUUGAAGUGCAUCAGACGGACGGCUGUCCGAUACUCUACCACCCGAUCAAAGGCUCCCAAUUGGUUGAGACGAUGGCAUCCGAUGACGACAAUAUGGACGACACGGGAUCGCACGCACAGCCGGAGCUCAAUUUUUAUGUGGCGUUCAAUUCAAAUGAUUUGUGUCUCACUUUCUAUUGGUAUUUAGGGUUCAGAUCUGUAGCUGUAAACAAUCAUAACCACAACAUUCAUAACAAGACCAACGACUCGUCGCAGUCGCUGACCAACCACUGCAAGAACACUGUUCUCCAUCCGUUCGACCAUCAGGUGGGCGGACACACGCAGCUCAUGCUUUUGGACAAAAGCACUUUAUGUAAGCCAUUAGUUCAAAGGGAACUGUCGUUUUAUCUCAACAUUCCUCACGAGUUGAAAGGAUUUGUACCCAAAUAUAAAGGUGUGGUUGAAGUGCAUCAGACGGACGGCUGUCCGAUACUCUACCACCCGAUCAAAAACUCCCAAUUGGUUGAGACGAUGGCAUCCGAUGACGACAAUAUGGACGACACGGGAUCGCACGCACAGCCGGAGCUCAAGUAUGCACACCAUUGCACAGGACAUCGACAUUUGAUCGACGACUACUGCAAAAAGAUUUACAUCAGACUCAAGGGCGCCCUCAAGACAGCCAACAGACCUAUAGCUCCCGUCCCAGUCAGCGAUAUGGGAACCCGACAGCACGGAGACGACGCCACCGAUGAGAAAAGGCACCGACAAAUGGCCAAAUGCGCGGCCAGUACUUCGGCCAGUCUGGGGUUUCGAUUGUGCGGAAUGCAAGUCUAUCAGCAAAGUGUCGACUCAUACCAGUUAUAUCAAGUCGACAAAUAUUACGGCCGCAAAAUCAGUACCGAAACCGAUUUCAUGCUUCUGGAGAACAUUACAUCCCAUUAUCACUUGCCGUGUAUUUUGGACCUAAAGAUGGGAACCCGACAGCACGGAGACGACGCCACCGAUGAGAAAAGGCACCGACAAAUGGCCAAAUGCGCGGCCAGUACUUCGGCCAGCCUUGGGUUUCGAUUGUGCGGAAUGCAAGUCUAUCAGCAAAGUGUCGACUCAUACCAGUUAUAUCAAGUCGACAAAUAUUACGGCCGCAAAAUCAGUACCGAAACCGGUCUUAAAAGGGAACUGGAGGUCUACUUCAAAGGGCGAACGCAUUUGAUCUCAAGUACCAUAAAAAGGCUGAAAGAGUUGCGAUCCAUUGUAGAGGACUUGCGAUCGACGCUACGAUUCUUCUCGACAUCGCUGUUGAUCGUAAGCGAGGGCUGUGUCGGCCGCCGGAGCGCUUCCGUGGCCCGCAAGAGGCCGAACAUGAGUAGCGGCGAAGACGACGACUCCUCAAUGGAUAGUUUGGACAGUAGUGUCGAACUGAACAAAUCGCCGACAAAGACUACUAAAGGCCAGCGGCGGCUGAAGUAUGUCUGUCAGAGCGAUCACAUGAGACAAGUGUCGAACCAGAAGAUUGACAUACGAAUGAUAGACUUCGCGCACACGUCCUUCUCGAGCCAGUCCUCCACCGACGGCUUUAUCGUCGGUUUGGAUAAUUUGAUUCGUCUGUUGAACCAAAUACGAGAGCCCGACCUCAGGAGUUGCGAAGAGGCCACCGAAGACAGCGAUGAAGACGGCGCUGACAUUACAAUGGCGUAAAUGUGUUUCCCAUUUCACAGGCAAUCAAAUUAAGUACAAAAAUAAUUUGAUUUGAUUUUUAUUUUACCGACAAAACCAAACAAAUACCUGAAUAACAAUUUAUAACUGUCUUAAAGCGAUGAGAAAACAGGCGGCGAUUCUUUCGCUUAUGUUUUAUUGAUUGAUUCUGUGAUUGAAGACAAUAUCAGUAAUCAGUUUUAUGUUCAAAACAAAUGAAGCGCUCACUUCUUUGGCGUUUAUUUCAAUGUUUCGUUUCAAACAAUAUUAACUUUAAACGAAUUAAUCAAAGAUUUAAUGAAAUGAAUGAUUUUUUUUGCCCGAAACUCAAUACCAAUGAUAGGUUUGACAUAACAAUACAAGUCAUGCCAUAAUUACUAACAAUUUUACAUAUUUAUCAAUGAAAUAUUCUAAUAAUAAAAACAACCAAACAUUCAUUUGAAUGAAACAAAUAUUUUCAUACAUUUAAC